GCGACUAUGAAAUUAUCCUGUGCAAGUUUUGUAAACAACGUUUCAGUGGUUGUUGGGAUCUUUUAUAAGGAUCUACAUGAAAUAUUAUUUAUAGAUCAAUCAUUCACAAUCCAAACAGGCAACACAAGAUAUUUGGACUCUGGAAUAAUGGCUAUGGCUAUGGAUCCAAAACCUGAAAAACUACAAGAAAAUGUCAUCUUAAAUUUCAGAAACCUGAAUGUCCAUGAAGGAGAGAGGAUAUGUAUGUUCUGGAGUGGCUUAAAUGAAAGUUCAGGUGGAUUUUCAGAGACAGGAUGCUAUGAAGUGGCAUCUGAAAGCAACUCAGAAGAAACAGUUUGCAGCUGCGAUCAUCUCACUCAUUUUGCUGUCUUAGUUGACUACAAUGGCAGCCCAGGGCUCACAGAGGGGGACGAAACCAUUCUGGAAAUUAUCACAUACGUGGGACUAGGCCUUUCCAUUCUCGGGAUACUUUUGACGAUUCUUCUAUAUGCCUUCCUCACAGACAUAUGGCAGCCUCUGUCUCAAAUACGUUUAAGUCUUUCUGUGGCACUUGGAGCUGGACAAAUAAUAUUUCUCGCUGGUAGAAACGCCACGGAAAAUAAGGCUUCCUGUAUCACAGCAGCAGCUUUUCUGCAGUAUUUCCUGAUGGCCGCCUUCUGUUGGAUGUUCGUCGAGGGAAUUUAUUUCUACCUGUUCAUUGUAAAAGUUUACAACAUCAACACCAAGAUGCACAUGUAUCACAUCAUAUCAUGGGGUUUGCCAAUCAUCAUGGUGGUUAUUUCACUAAGCAUAGCGUCUGGAAAAGAUGGAAUUCAGAGUUUUACAAGUGAAAAACAUUGCUGGCUGUCCUCGACUAACAACCUGAUCUGGAUCUUCGUGACAUUUGUGGCUUUCAUUGAAGUUCUAAACAUUUUGAUAAUCUUCCGAGUUAUGAAGGAGAUGAGCACAUUAAUCCAACCAACGGAGAGAGAAAACCGUAUGCAGCAUAUACGACUUGGCAUGAAAACAUGUGCGGUGAUGUUUCCACUGCUGGGUGUCACGUGGGUCUUUGGUCUUUUGUUACCCGUACACAAAGCUUUCGCCUACAUUUUCGUAGUCUUGAACUCUACUCAGGGUAUCCUGAUUUUUGUACUUCAUUGUGUGCGUAACAGCCAGAUCAGAGAGAGCUUGAAUAGAAAGAUGAGCGUCAUUUGUUCUCCUGCUGCAGAUCAUGGAAACUCUGUGAAGAAGGGCUCACGAGUUAAUCCAGAUGCUGUCAGCAAUAUGUGGGUAGUCAAAAUGCAUUCUUUCAAAGAAUAGCAUAAUAUAGUACUUCAGUAAUUCAAUUUGACCAACAUCUAGUGAUAGCGUUUUUCCACCUGCAAACAAUGAAAAAUCCCCAAGAAAAAGCUCACAGGUUGCUGCAAAUAAUGUUUGUGACGUGUGGGCAGUUGAAUAGCAGUCUAAAAAUAGUUUGAAUCAAAAAAAAAAAUAAACAAAGUAGCAUAAAUACCUUGUAUAGACUGAUAAUAAGAGUUGAUAGUUUAAAACGAUCACUCAGACCACGGUAGUUGACCAGUAACAAUUGCUCAGUUUCGACCUGUCGGUAAAGCUAGGUGGUUCCGAUCAUGUCGUCGGCUAAAAGAAGUCUGAUAUUUGAAGCAAGAAGUCUUGCCAAUUCUCUUGCCUUCCAAGUAUUAAAGUCUUCAAUGCUUUUUUUGAUCAUUUAGCUAGGAGCUAGACCUACGGAACAUUCUUUUUUUUCACAUAGAUAUAGAAGGUUAGUGAUUAUAGGAUCAUCGUAAGCAAUCAGGGAAAAUAUGUAUUAGCUGCAAGCCAAUGUAUGUAACUAAUUAAGAGGUUGGCUCUCGUUAUAUUUUAGAUUUGAAAGCAGUCUGUCCUUCAGCGAUGGGUUUGUGUUCUUUUAAUGAUUGCCCCCUUAAGGGAUGCAUGUGUUACAUUCAAGCAUCACUUGUUUAAGGUUAAGCCGCAUUUCACUUUCCUUCCUUUACGCCCCUGUUUAGUAAUAUUUGAUGAACACGUUAUCUUGAUCGACAUUUUGGGUGCACUAGGUAUUCAAACUUUCUUUUUUAGGAAUUAGCAUAUAUAUACUAGUGUAUUUCGUUUUCUCUCUCUGUUGUUGUAACCGUUUAUUUGGAUGUGAUCGGAACAAAAAAGAGGCAGAAGCUUGUUUUAAUCGUGCAAAAACUUUAUGAACAACUACAAUUAGUCAACUCAAUUGAAAAUAUAUUUAGUCUUAAAGGGAAUAUGGGUGAUUGCUAUGCAGUACAGCCUUGCAUGAGUUAGGAUAACAUUGCAUCUUGAGGUAAUGCAUGCUAAAUUCAUUGGAGUACCUUAAACAUUUUUGUGUUGGUUUGCCAUCACAUAAAGAUUUCUUAAUCUCCUGCAUGAGUUUAUGCCCACAGAAUAAGCAAUGUUCACUGUCAGCUUCUUUAUUCAAGCUACAAUAGCACUAAUGUUGGGGAUCCUUACAAAAACGGGUAGGAAUAAGAAUGUAAUGUGACUGAUGAUAGGCUAAAAGUGAGGGUCACUUGACUUGAACUUGAAC